AUGUCGGUUAUGCACGUCGAAGAAUUCAAGAAAGAUUCUGUCACAUCACAUAUAUUUGCUAUGAUAACUCAGUUUAUUGAUUUAAAUAUUCAUGAUAAAAAUCAAAUCUUUUCUAAAGAACAUCUCAGUGUCUUCGAAGAAGUUAUUAACGAAAAAUUCGACGAAUUAGCACAGGCGCCUACCAAUUUACAAGCAGCUCGGAUAUCGGUAUCCGGGCCGCCGCGUUAUAGCACUGGCAGAGGAGAUUUAGCAAGUAGAACAGCCGAAGAAAAAUGUUUAGAAAACGAAAAAGUAGAUAGUUAUUUGGUCAAUGCAGCAUUAGAACAACUUUGUUCAGAUUUAUCACAAAUUAACAACAGUGACGAAAAGGGUAGUGAAGUUGACGAAGCUAAACAACAACGUGCAGUACUCAUCGAAACUGCACAGUAUACAGUUGAUAAAUAUAGCAAGUUGAAAGUACUGCCGUCGAAGGAAGAGUAG